AUGACGUCACGAGCGACAUUCAGGCCGUCUGCUGCGUGUUUGGAGGUCAACAGUGAACUUAUUGACAGAGCAAAGACACCACGUGCGCUCACGGAGAACCAGGCCAGGCUACAGAUUGGCGUCUUGCCCGGAAAUGACCACAGAAUCUCCGUAGCCUGGUGUAGAAAGGGGGGGGGGG